AUGAAGCUCUCGGCCGCCAUCACCGCGCUGGCUGCCUUCGCUGCUACCGCGACUGCCGUGCCCACCUCUAUCUCGGCUCGCGGCGGCGACAACGGCGGUGGCACCUGCGAGAACCCCGGCCGCACCGUUUGGAUCGUCACUGAGACCAACGACCCGGUCGGCGACUACUAUGGCUGGGGUACGGCUGCGCUGCAGGACAUCCGUCACCGCCUGACGUCGGAGUCUGAAGCGACUGCCUCGAACAAGGCCGACAGAAUUGCCGUCACCAGUCUCGGUGAUGUGGACGCGACGCAGUUCUACGAGCUCAUGCCGCUCAGCGACCCGGAGAACCCCCAGUUCGACAUUGCGAUGGAGAACAGGACCAACCUCAUCCACAAGGGCUGGAGCAUUGAAUUCGCCUACGACCACGCUUGGAAGUCAAUGAACGACAAGUUCCACGUGCACAAGGGUCUGGGAUGCAUCAUCGCUGUCACCGACUGCAUCCUCCGCGACGAGAGCGUGGAGAAAUUCCUCCAGCAGAUUACCGAGGCGCGCCAGCAAGGCUACCGCACUCACCUCCUUGCGGUCAGGGGCGAGAGGUCGCACCCCGUUCGCUACUCCAUGGAGCACCCCGACAACUUCCUUGCUCAGAUCGGCCAGGGCUUCAACAACUGGUUCGCGAAGGCGUUCCCGGACAAGGCGGCGGUUUCUCAUGAUGAGACUACCAAGCGCAUCAUGGACGCGGUCCGUGCCGCCGGUGGUACCGUCGUGCGCAUGGAGUCCGAGCAGAACGCGAAGGACUGGGUUAACGAGCUCUUCAAGAACGGCCUGACGGACCUCGACGGCAAGUGUGUCGACACUGGUGACAACGAGAACACGGACACUGGCGGCGGCGAGCUCGUCCCCGACCAGGUCUCGCACGGUCUCUGCUCCAAGAACGCCGAGGCUGUCUUCACCUACUCGCCUAAGAAGGACGAGCACGUUGAGGUUACCGUCACCCUCACCUCGACCGAGUCGCCUGUCAACAUCGAGGCGACCCUCCUCAACACCGUCUCGGGUGAGACCAAGUUCGUCACCAUCAACAAGGGCAACAUCAAGGGUAUCCUUGAGGGAUCGGGCAAGCAGGGCGAGAGCGUCAAGGUCACGCUCAAGACUUCCAACGCCGACAGCAACAAGUGCGAGUACUCUCCCACCAACUCGUACUGCGUGUGCAAGUGCGACGUCAAGGGUGCCAAGCCCUGGCCCAAGUUCGAGCUCUAA